AUGUCAUCUUCCGUGUUGCCCACCCUUCGCCGGGCCUUAUUCUACGUCCCCGCCUCCUCCCCCCGAUUCCUCGCCAAGUCCCUCGUCCUAACCUCAGACAACGUAACCUACGACCUCGAGGACUCCGUAACCCCCAGCCACAAACCCGCCGCGCGCAUCGCCCUCCGCGAGCACCUCACCAACCUACGCAAAACCGAAACCCACCUCGGCGAGAUCGCCGUGCGCAUCAACGCCGUCUCCACCGCCCACGCAAUCAAGGACAUCCAAGCGGUCGCCGCCCUCCCCAGCCUCGACACCAUUGUGGUGCCCAAAGUCAACAGCCCCGCCGACCUCUUACUCGUCGAGGACGUGAUCCGGCAGGCGGCACCAGAGCGCGCAGCCGCGGCCUCCGCAGCAGGCACCAGCGCCGACUCCCGCACGCCGCCACAACCGAUCCAACUCCUCGCACUGAUCGAGUCCGCGCGCGCCAUCAUGGACCUCCGCGAGAUCUGCGGCGCGACAGGUUCACUGCGGGGGCUGAUCUUCGCGGCGGAGGACUUUGCGCUGGACGCGUCGCUGCAGCGGACGGCGGGCAUGGCCGAGAUGGCGUACGCGCGCAGCGCCAUCGUGACGGCGGCGCGGGCGUUCGGCCUCGAGAGCGUCAUCGACGCCGUGUGCACCCAGCUGGGCGGGGUGCGGCCCACGGAGCAGCUGGUGGCUGAGUGUGAUCUGGCGAGGAGCUUUGGGUUUAAUGGGAAGCAGGUCAUUCACCCAAUACAGUUAGAAGUCGUGCACCGCCAUUUCACGCCAUCGCCUGGACAGGUUGAAAACGCAACCCGUGUCGUCAUGGCCGAGGAGAUAGCUGCGGCGGAGGGACGAGGCGCCUUCACAGUAGACGGCAAGAUGAUUGAUGCGCCCGAGAUUGCCAGAGCCCAGGCUAUAAUUGUCAGGGCAAAACAAUGCGGGAUUGACAUUGACGCUGCCAGAGAGGCUGUCAAAGCUCAAAUGGAUCAAGUGAUUGAGUAA